UCUUUUCCUAUGCCGCCUCAAGUAGUUCUUGGAAGUGACACGGGAGCAACAGGUGCACAAGAUUCGGAAAAAAAUCAGUUCUUGAAACCUGAAGAGAGUGUAGAGGACAUGGUUCAUGAUAUUGCUUUGGUUUCAACUACCUUAUCUCUGCCAGCUCAAGUAAUGCUGGAGGUGUAGUUUCAGUAACAGAUGGAAGGGGCCUUUUGAAUUCUGAAAAAGAACUGCACUUGAAACCUGAAGAGAGUCUAGGCAAGAACACGUUCCAUGAUACUGUGCUGGUUGAAUCAAAUACAGAGCAAGAGAUGGAAAAGGACAGCCAUGGUAAUGGUACUGAACAGGUUGGCGUAGAUGGAGCAGAUCAAUCCCUGGAGUCUGAAAAGUGUUUGGAAAAGUCUGCGACUGCUUUUGUUGCUCCAGUUCAUCCCGAUAUGGAAGCAGAGAAAGUCAAUGAACAAGUGAGUGAUGCUGAGGGUGUAUUAAAUGGAGGGGAACAGAUAGAAGAUGAAGGGGAUAUUACUCCCAUGGACACUGAGGAGGUUUUGGAUUCUGUGACUGCAGCCGAGACCAAUGUUGUGCAUGAGGUAGGAGUUAAAGAACAAUUUACUGAUGCUGUGCUAGAUGGUUUACACGGAGGGCAAUACAGGGAAGGUGAAAAAGAAGCUACUGAUGCUGAACAACCAAAAGCGGGUGAAGAGGAAAUUCUUAAACAAGAAGCUAUCGAAGGAAGCUCAGAAAUUGUGCCUCAACCGAGAUAUGAGCUGCCACCAGAAAAUCAUGUGUUCUCUGCAUCUGAUUUAGUUUGGGGUAAAGUGAAGAGCCAUCCAUGGUGGCCUGGACAGAUAUUUGAUUAUACAGUUGCAUCUGAGAAGGCAAUGAAAUAUCACAAAAAGGAUUGCUUUUUGGUAGCAUAUUUUGGGGACCGCACGUUUGCUUGGAAUGAACCAUCUAGUUUAAAGCCUUUUCGAUCUUACUUUUCCCAGUCAGAAAAGCAAGGUAAUUCAGAAGCUUUCCAGAAUGCUGUCAAUCGUGCACUGGAAGAAGUUUCGAGACGUGUUGGAUUGGGGCUAGCAUGCUCUUGCAUACCAAAAGAAGUCUAUGAGAAGAUUAGGUUCCAGAAAGUUGAAAAUGCUGGGAUCUGCCAAGAAUCCAGUAGAAGAGAUGAAGUGGAUGAAUCGGCAAGUGCCAGUUCUCUUGAAUGUAAUAAAUUGCUGGAAUACAUAAAAGCUUUAGCACGGUUUCCGUCUGGUAACAGUGACCGAUUAGAAGUUGUGAUAGCUAAGGCUCAUAUGUUAGCAUUUUAUCGCUUGAAGGGUUACUACAACUUGCCAGAAUUCCAAUCUUGUGGAGAUAUAUUGGAAAACAAAGAUGAAAGGAUUGAGCAUACAACUCCUACUGGUAAGGAUGUUAAAGAUACUUUCUCUGGCCCCAACAUUAUUACCUAUUCUCACAAGCGUAAACAUAAUUUAAGAGGUGGCGUGUAUUCUAAGGUAAAAGAAAGAAGCCUGUCUGAAUUAAUGGACGGCGGCUUAGAAUCUCUAGACGGUGGUGAUUGGUUGGAUGGGAACGAAACUGGUGGUUUGGUCUCACCAUCCUCUGGCAAGAGACGGAAGGGUUUUGAGUAUCAUGUUGAUGAUGAUGGAAGGAAAGUUACCGUUGCAAAAGUUUCUAACACCACACCUCCCCCAAAGCAGUCUUUUAAGAUUGGUGAAUGUAUCCAGAGAGUUGCAAGCCAACUUACAGGGUCUCCUAUUGUGAAGUCCAACAGUGACAGACCUGCUGGGGAUGGAUCUGAUGUUGCCAUCCCGAGUUCUGGUGAUGUCCAUAGAGGGAAAACAAUUGAUGGAACAGAGUACUCAUCGCUAGAUGAAUUGCUGUCACAACUUCAGUCGGCAGCAGAAGAUCCGCGGAAGGAUUACCAUAGCUUGAAAACUGUUGUUAAUUUCUUCUGUGAUUUUAGGAAUUCGGUAGCUGUAGGUCAGCUUCCUGUGAUGGAGCAUGUAGCUGUGGACAAAGUUGGUGGUAGAAAGAGGAAGUCAAAUUCUGCAUUUGGGAUGCCCGAAACUUUUGAAUUUGAUGAUAUGAAUGAUACUUAUUGGACAGACAGGGUAAUCCAAAAUGGCGCUGAAGAGCAAACACCUCGAAGGGGCAGGAAGGUUAAUUAUCAACCUGUUGUUCUCGCCCAACCAGAAAAAUCCCCUCAAGAGGGUCGCAGGCCAUACACCAGGAAGCGGUAUUCCCAAACCGUUAAUGCUUUGCCGCCAGAGAAACCUGUUGGCUAUGUGGAUGAGAAUGCCCCAACAGAACUUGUUAUGAACUUCUCUGAGGUGAAUUCUGUUCCCUCAGAAAUAAAGCUAAAUAGAAUGUUUAGGCGCUUUGGACCUCUGAAGGAAGCUGAAACAGAAGUUGAUAGGGAGAGCAGUCGUGCUAGAGUUGUUUUCAAGAAAUGUUCUGAUGCAGAGGUAGCUAUUGAUAGUGCGGGAAAAUUCAAAAUCUUCGGAUCAAUACCUGUAAACUACCAGCUCAAUUAUACUCCAUCUCAGCUCAACUAUACUCCGUCUAUCCAAUUUAGCAUUUCUCCCAGUGCCACAACCCAUGAUCAGGAGAUGCAACUUGUUCUUUCCUCCCAUGAUCAUGAGAUGCACCUUGAUCUCUCCGCCCACGACCAAAUGCAACUUGAUCUUUCCACCCACGACCAUAUGCAACUGGAUAUGCAACUUGAUCUUUCCUCCCAUGACCAGAUGCACCUUGAUCUCUCCACCUUCGAUAACCUGUGAAGUUGUCAGGGAGAGUAAAUGCUGAAGAAGAAAAAAGAGAGAUAGCAAUCAUAGCGUGCGGGUAUAUAUGCCCUGGGAAGCCCUUGGAUGAGCACAGCUGAAUCGGCUGCUGAAGGAGGUAACCAGACCGUGUAUUCAUCUGGUUGUCGUGAAUUUAAUCUGUGCCAAGUGUUCUUGCUGUUUUCUAGUCACGAAGAUGCCUGUUUUUUGCUUCCUUCUGUACUCUUAUGCAUGUUAGGGUUCUUUGUUUGAACGUAUAGCAGAGGUCGCUGAUCCUUCCUUGAUGGCUGCAAUUGUGGCAUCAUUUUGUAUCGAUGAAUAGGGCCAAAAGAUCGUGUAUGAUUGUGCAUUAUCCCUUGUUGAAUAACGGUGAUACCGAUAAAUUUUUUGAAAACCA